AGAGAGAGGGAGAGAAGAGGGGGGUGGAGUAGUGGAGAUUGAGCUAAAAAGGGGGCAGGACUUUUCCUCUCCGGGUCCUAUUAAGAGCAAACUUUGUCUUUUUGUUCUCUAACUUCAGCUUGGUGCGAUCCGAGCCUGUGCACGCGUCCCCUCCGCUGCUCGUGCCCAUCUUUCUUUUUGUGUGUGUGUGUGUGUGUGCUCAAUGGAUGUUUAUGUUUUGUUUGUUGUUCCUGACCGGUUUUUGCGCGAUGGAUUUGGACUCCCGGAGGACCCGCUUUUUGGAGGAACAAACGCUCCGAGUUGUUCCUGCUCCUCGUCCCGGAUCGUUUUAGUGGAUCUGUCAAUGUAAGUGUUGGAAUGAACAAUGAUGGAGUUCCUGGCUGCUCUGGACCGAACCGGGUGCUGGUUUCGGCUGCUGUUGCUGUGCGUCGUGGAGCUGGGAGCAGGACUUCCUACUUUCCAGGGUUUCUAUCUUCCACCUGUGAACGGCUCGCUUCUGGCACCUGCGCGGAGGACAGACGGAGUGGUCCGGACCGUGGACAGAAUUUACCACGGAGGAGGGCGCGUGGGCUACCUGCUGUAUUUGGAUGGCAGUCGGUUUCAACUGGACAUGGAGAGGGACGAGUCGGUGUUGUCGCAUCACUUCAGCCCUCAGUACGUGCGCGCUAUGAUGGGGGACAGCCGUGCGCCUUUGCAGCGGGAGUGUGCCUACCGCGGCACAGUGGACUCCAAUCCAGAGUCCCUGGCCGUCUUCAACCUGUGCGGAGGAGGUCUCGAGGGCUUCUUCGCCGUCAACCGCACGCGCUACACCAUCACGCCUAUCAUCAGAGCAAAGGGACAUGAGCACGAUGUGCGCGCCCUGCAGGACAAGGACGCAGAGAGCGCGCUCCAUGUCUUUACGCGUGGGAGCUUCAGCUUUGAGGCCAUGCGCGAGGGGCGCGAGAGCUGUGGGACGCGCGACGGGCGGAGGGGCCGCACGGAUGCGACGGGGAAACGCCGGCGCAGAGGUCGCGGGAAGGACAGGCGUGGCACGGAUGAGGACAGUCGGAGAUGGUGGAGCCGGUUCUCCAAAGCGGCAAAUCUGGAGACUGACACUCGACGCAAGAGGUCUAUCUCUCGCGCCAGACACGUGGAGCUGCUCCUGGUGGCGGACGACACCAUGACCAAGAAAUACGGGAAGGACCUGCACCACUACCUGCUCACGCUGGCCUCCAUCGCCUCCAGGCUGUACGGUCACGCGAGCAUCGAGAACCCGAUCAGACUGUCGGUGGUGAAAGUCAGCACCGUGUCCGAGAAGGAGAAAGGGCUGGAGGUGUCCAAGAACGCAGCCGCGACGCUCAAGAGCUUCUGCAAGUGGCAGAACCAGCAGAACCCGCUGGACGACGACGACCACCAGCACCACGACGCUGCCAUCCUCUUCACCAGGCAGGACCUCUGUGGACAUCAUUCCUGCGACACUCUGGGCAUGGCAGACGUCGGCACGAUCUGCUCUUCGGAGAGAAGCUGUGCUGUCAUCGAGGACGACGGCCUUCACGCUGCAUUUACUGUCGCGCAUGAGAUAGGCCAUUUGCUGGGUUUGUCCCAUGAUGACUCAAAGUUCUGUGAGGAGCAAUUUGGGGCCAGCAGCGACAAGCGGCUCAUGUCCUCCAUCCUCACCUCCAUUGACGCAUCCAAACCGUGGAGCCGCUGCACCUCAGCGACCAUCACUGACUUCUUUGACGAUGGUAACGCCGAGUGCCUCCUGGACUCCCCUCGCCAACCCCUAUUGGGCUCUGAGGAGCUCCCAGGGCAGAGCUACGACGCUGUCCGCCAGUGUCGCCUGGCCUUCGGCCUGGAGUACACUGUGUGCCCAGGCAUGGAUGUAUGUUCCCGUCUGUGGUGUGCUGUGAUUCGUCAAGGGCAGAUGGUUUGUUUGACCAAAAAACUGCCGGCAGUGGAGGGCACACCGUGCGGCAAGGGACGCAUUUGUCUCCAGGGAAAAUGCGUGGACAAGACCCGCAAAAGACACUACUCGGCUUCUAACAAUGGCAACUGGGGUUCCUGGGGUUCUUGGGGUGCAUGCUCCAGAACAUGUGGAGGUGGCGUGCAAUUUGCCCAGCGCCUCUGCAAUAACCCACCACCAAGGAAUAAUGGGCGCUACUGCACAGGCAAGAGAGCCAUCUACCGGUCCUGUAAUGUCACACCCUGUCCACCAUCAAAUAAGAGUUUUCGUCAGGAACAGUGUGAGCUACGCAACGGGCCUCAGACUGAUCCUAAAGGGGUGAAGACCUUCGUUGAGUGGGUGCCAAAGUAUGCAGGAGUUCUCCCCAAAGAUGUGUGCAAGUUGACCUGCAGAGCCAAGGGAACUGGAUACUAUGUGGUGUUCUCUCAGAGGGUUGCAGAUGGAACAGACUGCCGCCUGUACAGCAGCUCAGUGUGUGUGAAAGGAAAAUGUAUACGAACGGGUUGCGACAGCAUCAUCGGCUCCAAGCUCCAGUUUGACAAGUGUGGAAUAUGUGGAGGGGACAGCACAGGAUGUGUUCGAGUAGCAGGCAACUUCACCAAGAAAAGUAAAGGCUACACCGACUUGGUGAAGAUCCCUGCAGGCUCGACCCACAUCAAAGUUCGUCAACACAAGGCCAAGGACCAGACUCGCUACACUGCCUACCUAUCCCUCCGAAGGGCCAAUGGCGAGUACCUCCUGAAUGGCAAGUUCAUGAUCUCCACCGCAGAGACAAUAAUCCCACUCAACGGUACUGUGCUAAACUAUAGUGGUUGGAGCCAAAGGGACGAGUGGCUUCACAGCAUGGGCCCUGGAGCCCUGCACGAAGCUGUGAUAGUGCAGAUUCUAGCAACAGAUGCUAAAAAACCCCUAGAUAUCCGUUAUAGCUUCUACAUGCCCCGCUGGACAACCCCUCAGCAGCCUUCACCUCCACUCAAGCCCAAUCCAAACCUGACCCCUUUGAAGAGCGCUAUGGCAAUCUCCACCACAGCCAGAACCACCACCAGUAGGACCACUACAACCUUUGCUGCUCUUCCUGUUCUGGUUGCAGGGACAGUUACAGCAACACCUCCCUACACACCACGUGCAGGGCCCCAGUGGAUAACGGGACCCUGGAUGACUUGCUCCAGGACUUGUGACACUGGCUGGCAGAGCCGGACAGUACAGUGUAAGGACCCAGAUGGAAAACUGUCCAAGGGUUGCACGCUGGGUGCCCGCCCCUCUGCUUUCAGACAUUGUCUGAUCAAGAAAUGUUGAUGCAAUUCACGAGACAAGGGACAAGUUUCAGAAAGACUCUGUAAAUCUGGAAACCAUCUCAAUUAGUGCUGGGUGUAGGACUAAAGUUUAAGAACCUGAAAUUGGACUGUGAAUGUUGGCUGAAAGGGGUGGACAAAACAGACAGUUUGGCACGGAUACACCUGCCUGAGAAAUCUUCUGGAAUUGUUGUAGCUACUCAGAGCACAAGUCAAAUGGAACCAAGAAGCAAAACAUUUCCACAUGAACAAUAAUUUAUUGUCUUUACAUAACUCAUUUUAAAAAUAUUAUUCCAUGUGUUCUUAUCACUGUGGGGAUUUGUAAAUCCUUCAUCAUUUGUCAUUGUAUGUCUACGACAAGAGCCUCAACAAUGGGAAGCAAAUGCU